AUGGGUUCCAGCACAUCACAAGAGGAUACAGAUCCUUUGUUAGAGAAUGAUGAAGAAAUUCUGCCUAUUUUUGAGGAACUUAAACUUGUGCUGAUUGGAUGUAAUGGAGCUGGAAAAAACACUAUUGCUAAUGCCAUCUUUGAGAAGGAAGUCUUCACAUUCUGGACAUCUUAUACAAGUGUCCACAUCAAAGAGACCUGUACAGCAUCAGGAAUGCAGAUUCAUUUGGCUCGCACCCCGGGCUGGAAUGGAGAACUGAGUAGAGCAGAGCAAACCAAACGUGAAAUUGUGCACUGUGUUCAGACUCUAUAUGAUACUGGACCUCAUGCAGUCAUUUUGGUGCUAAACGUCAACUCAGUGCUGUCAAUAGAGUCAACCAUUAGCACCCUAGAGAGUCUGCUUACUGUUCAGCUGUGGGAUCAUACAAUAGUGAUGUUCACCAAUGGAGAAAAACUGGGACAUUACAGCAUUGAGGAUCAUAUCAGAAGUGAACAGCUUCAACCUUUAAUUGACAAAUGUGGAAAAAGAUAUUUUGUGGUCCACAAAAAUGACAGCAAACAGAUUAUUGAAACGAUUCAAGAGCUCAUAGUCAGGAAGAAUUCAACAAGCUUUUUUAAACUUACUGCUCAGACAAAGGAUGAUAAUACAUUACUGUCAGACUGGGAAUAUGUUAUCAAAAGGAUCAGAUCGAAAAUCACUUCUCUGUCAGCGUUUAAGGAAAAGUUACAAAAUGAAGACUCUAUGAAAAUGAUAUUCGAUGCAAAGGACGCAGAGAUAAGGAGACUGGAAACAAUUGUUCAAGAAAAAGAAAUGGAGAUAGGGAGGUUACAAUCAAGACGCUUCAAUACUCAAGAUCUUGAGCUCUCUGACCUAUCCAUAAGAAAUACUGAACUGGAAGAUCAGGUUUAUAAGAUGAGCAAUGAACUAAAGGGAAAGAAUACAGAGAAUAAAACACUGAAAAAACAAGUAAAGGAAAAGGAUGCUGAGAUUGAAGAACUGAGAAAAGAGUUACAAGUGUGGCGACAAGAAGCUGUAGGCUCAGCUCUACAGAGAUGGAGUGAUGCUCUUCUGAAGAUCUUGAAUGAGCUGUCUGAUGAAGACCUGAAGAAAAUGAAAUACUCCAUGUUCUGGAAUGAAGAAUACAGAACAUACAGGGGCUCAGUAGAGCACAGAGACAGAGUUGAACUGGCAGAUCUAAUGCUAAAACAGUGGGGAGAACGGCAGUCAGUGCUGAAAGCACGAGACCUUGUGAAGAAAAUCCCUCGCAAUGACGAUGCCAUGAUAGAGCUGUUCGAACCUUUCUUGAAAAGCAUUGGUGAGACAUGGUGAUCAUCAACUAAAUCACACAGUCAUCAUUUCCUUCUAAAAGAACCAAGUUUUCAUCAGUUUUUCAUUGUUCUGGAUUGAUAUGAGAUGUUUCUUCUGCACAUUUAAUCUUAUGAAGAACUAUAUCACUAUAAAGAAUCUUUUGUGAGAUGGAAAAGUUCUAUAGGUCUUAAAUGUCAGUAAUUAACAUUUGUAUGGGUGUUCAAGUAUACAUAGAACAUAAUUUAUAAUAAUUUCAUAAUCAC